AAUAUUGAAUUUCAUAUCAACGGAAUACCUAAAUGUUAGAUGCCUUCCAAUAUCAUAACUUAACCCAUAAAGUGUAAUCAAGCGUGGCCGGUUUUGUAAUCAAACAUUCCUGAGUUGGCCGACUGCCAAGCACUUCCAAAAAUAGUUGGCAAGUUCCCAUUGCAUGGAAGCCACUAAUCAUUUACGUUAAUCUCUUUUAUACGUUUUAAUAAAAAUACGACACUAUGGAGCGUCAAAACAAUCUUCAUUCAAGCUUCCAUGGAUCCAUGAGGAGCAGGGACUCAUCCUCCACAGUAGGCAGUGACCCUAGAGAGAAGAUCAAAGAUUGCUUGAGGAAGUUUAUAGCAUUCAUGUUUACUCAAGUGGGUGUGGGCGCCCUGGUGGUAUGCUACGCCAUCCUCGGCGCCGCCAGCUUCAUGCACAUCGAGAAGGACAACCCUGAUGAGCAGCUGGAGGACGUCCGCAGACUCCGACACAACUGUGCGGAGAAACUGUGGAACAUCACCGUUGACGUCAACCUCUUCAAUGAGACCCUCUGGGAACUCAACAUAGAUGAAGCUCUGAAAGUCUUCCAGAACAACAUAACUAAUGCUGUGCACCUCGGUUACAAUGGCAAGUCCUCAGCAGACAUCUGGUCAUUCCCAGCAGCCCUCAUGUACUCCUUAUCAGUGUUUACUAUGAUUGGUUAUGGAAACAUAGUGCCUAAAACAGUUUGGGGUAAAAUAGCCACUAUCGCUUAUGCUUUCUUUGGUAUACCAGUCUACAUACUCUACUUCUGCAAUAUGGGCAAAGUGCUUGCUCAGUCCUUCAAGUGGUUGUAUAUAACUGCCCACGAGUGCAGCCGGCGCGAGGAUCCUCUAUUUGAAGAUGGAGAACUGCAACCUGUACAGCGGAAAAUAACAGUACCAUCCACGGCCUGCCUGUGGGUAAUUUCCUUCUACAUACUGAGCGGGACCAUCAUGUUUGGAGCCUGGGAGAAAUGGAACUACCUGGACUCAACAUACUUCUGUGUGAUCAGCCUGUGUAAGAUUGGGUUUGGGGACUUUGUUCCUGGUGCGAACAUUGCGGACUCGGCAGGCGGUUCUCACUUGAAGCUGGUGAUCAAUUUCAUCUAUGUGCUGCUGGGGAUGGGGCUGGUGGCAAUGUGCUACAACCUCAUGUGCGAGGAUGUGACUGUGAAGGUGCGGGAGCUGCGGCAGGACCUCAAGAACUGUCUCGAUGACAUCACACUCAAGAUCACCAUCUGCAUGAAUGAUACGAAGUACUACCACCAGAAGCACAGUAGAAAGUAACAUUGUGUUUUUUGUGGAAGUCAGUUGUGCUAUUUUAUUGUGUGUAAUUUUGUUUAUGACUAUGUUGUGU